AUGCACCUAAAAGAUGCUAGUGUAGACAUUAGUAACAUUGACAGUCUAGAUUCUUCUGACAACAAAGUGAUAGUGCAAGUUAUUGGUCAGUUUACCAACAAUGGUCAAACUAGUAAAUUCGUCCAAACCAUUAAUCUUGCUACACAGCGAAACGGUUAUUAUGUACAAAGCGACAUAUUUCGAUAUUUGAAGGAUGAAACUGACAGUGUCAACAAGUCUCACCCAAUAGAUCAGGAACCUACGUAUAAUGAGGAUAUUACAUCUUCAAUAACUGAAGAAAAAUUUAACGAGGAUUCAGUUUCUACCAUGUCGACGGGUACCCUUGCCGAAGAACCUACACAAGAGAUAACUCUGGAAAUUCAGUCAAGAACUGGUACAUCCCAAUCUUCAACGAAGUCACCAAUUGAGGGCAUGACCAGUCCUGUUGUAGAAGCAGUAGUACCUGAUAUUGGAACAAAAGAACCUGUUCCGAUUGAUAGGGGAAACCCGAUCACUGUGAUAACGGAAAAGAAUUCUACCAUUUCAAACACAACGACACAGUUGACAUCACCUACACAAUCGCCAUCAAAAAUUUCAUAUUCUAAUGUUGCUGCCAGUGAUAGCGGUAAAUGGGGUCAACAUAUCCCCGAGCAGAAAGGACGAGUUGUUCCACAAGCAUUACCACGGACACAGUCUCAGACAUCAAAUCGAGAUCAAAGAAAUAAGGAAUUAUCAUUAUAUGUCAAAGGAAUUAGUCCCCACAUGAAUCAGGAGAAGCUUUACGAGGCAUUCGAGCCUUUUGGGCAGGUGAAAAGAUUAGAUAUCGUUGCACACUAUCAAAAGCCAUAUGCAUUUGUGGAAUUCAGUUCGCUUGAUGCAUAUCAAAAAGCUCUCUCAGCGAAGAGAAUUCAAGUUCCCGGUCUUACUGAAGUUACCGUCGAAGAAAGGACUCAUCAUAGUAAUGAGGGCCGAUGGCAACGACAAUACAAUAAUUAUUCACGUAAUUUUAAUCAACCCUCACAAAAUCCUCAUAACGGCAUGAGUGGGCAACGUGGAAAUCGUGGGAGUGAGAGACGUAAUACGACUUCUCGUCCGGCCAAAUCUCCAUCUUGA